AUGGCCACCGUGGAUCGGACUCCCUCGACGAAGAGCCUGACGGAUUUGCCAAAAGACGCCGACUCUGCCGUCUCUAGUUUGCUUGACGACGACGAUGAUGACGCCCGCACACGAAUCUCCCCUGAUGGGCAGGUGGCACCUCGAGGUUCGAGGAGAAGUACUGCGGCCUCCCCCGCCAGCAGUGGAGCGGCACAGGACGUCUUCCGCUGCCCCUCAGAGGCGGUGGUGUCUCUUGAGCAGCACUACCUCACCACAGUGCAGCAGUUAGAGAAAAUAAAGCGCAUGUACCAUCGACUCGACACCCACAACGACGAUCUGGAGGAUUCCUUUGUUGUGCUUCGCGAUCGACUGGACGCCUUUCGCUCAUUUGUUGUCGUUCGUCUCAGCAGGACCGCAAAGGAACUGCGUGGGGAGGUGCGUUUUUUGCGAGACACGGUCUUAUUUCUGAUGGAAGAUUUUGCGGAAAACUUGCGUCGGUGUGGGAGGCAUAUUAUCUCCCGCGUCAAGCACGCUGGUGGGGCGAGUGAGCCACCAUCGCUGCCGCUGGGACCGUUUCAUCUCGUACCUGCGAGUGACGUUCACCACAACCAUCCAAACUCCUUCUGUGUGCAUGGCAAUGUGAACACCAUGAAUACUGAUCCAGAGAAGAGAAAACAAAGUGGUUUGCUCUCGCGGGAGGCACUUGUGCGCAGCCCCCGUUCCCCUCGCUCGGCUUUUCCGGCCACUCCUGGCUCUAUGGCGGAGCUACGGGGAGCUCUGGACAAAGCACUGCGGAAGCAAGAGCAUCUGGAAGACAAAUUUAUCCGGCAGCAACAAAGUUACGAAAAACACAUUCAAAGCAUAAAGGAUUUGCAUGCGCAAAAGGAGCGCACCUUGCGGCGACGAAUAGAGUUACUCGAGCGCUUUGUUAGACGUGAUGUGUCCGGCGAGAACUUCACUGACGACAGCACUAGGAGGGAUGGCGAUGAUGACGAGUUUCAUGAGGCCGGCAGCAAUGGAAGGUCACCACAUUCGUCAAAACUGUUUAGGAGAGAUUUGUUUGCUAAUAAAAAUCAUGGCGUGGAUCCGCGGUUAAGUACAAGUAAUGCGCUUAACUGCACGUCACGUCGAUCUCGUCUUUCGAUAGAGCGAACCCCACCGGGGGAGGCGGAUGCACUUGGCGAGGAGUUGUGCAGCAAACGUGAGGGCGAGAAAUCGGGCGGGUGGGGCGCCCCUUCGUCCGUGUACGCGAUGGCUGCCGGUGAGCACGCAAGCACGGCGUCCGAUGGAAAUGGUGUCAGUCGUCGCGCUCAUCGUUCUCCCCGCAAUGAAGGCCGUCCGCGCCAGCGUUUCUCUGCGCCGGGUGAGGCGGCGGCGGCGAUGGAGCCGUGGACACUGGGACACGAUGUGGAGCGCCGUGUGCGGUCGCAGAUGUUGUCGGGUGGCCGUAAAACCCCCUACGAGGGGAGAUGUUGUAGGCACUUUUCCCCCACAUCAAGGCGGGAGGAAAAGGAACUGGAGGCGGCGGCGGCUCGUUUGUUGGAUGUUGUGUCCGAUGCAUACACAGCUCAAAACGAUCAACACCAACGGCAGCGUGAGCAUCCACGCGUAAAAAGUGGCGUUUGUGAGGAUGACGUGGUCAGUCGACUGUAUUACCUGCGGCGACCACCACCCAGGCGUCCUGGCACGAAAACAUAUCUCUCUCCCGUACCCAGGAGCGGAUCAGUGCCUCGUCCUGAGAAGUUUUCGGACGUCUCCACAGUGGCGCGUGGGCUGUGGGCGGAGAAGUUGCUGCAACAACGGGCCACCCAGCGGCUGAGCUGA